AAAGACAAUAUAAACAACAACAUAAAUACUAUCCAAGAUGAUGAUUCUAUAUUUCUUAAGAAUUGUAUCAUUCAAGAUAAUCUUACUGUUGAAAAAGACUAUGUAGAUACUAUUCGAGAUAACUCCAUAACUGUUAUACAAAACUAUCAAGAUAAUAUUUAA